AUGUUUUCCAAAGCCGCCAUCGUAGCUUUUGCUCUCGCAACUGUCAGCAAUGCUCACAUGAUCAUGACCAGCCCCGUUCCAUACGGAGCUGACUCUCUCACCAGCUCUCCUUUGGCCGCUGAUGGAUCCGACUUCCCAUGCAAGCAACGAACUGGAGUCUACGAGGUCGGCACUCAAAACACCAUGGAUCUCGGUGGUUCAUACGAUCUCGCUUUCAAAGGCAGUGCCGUUCACGGAGGUGGAUCUUGUCAAGUUUCAAUCACCUACGACGAAACCCCAACUGCCAAGAGCACAUUCAAAGUCAUCCACUCCAUCAUUGGCGGUUGCCCCAUGAGAAACACUCCUGGAAACGCCCCAGAGAAUGCCAACGCCAUCGAUCCAGACACGUACAACUUCACCAUUCCAACCACGCUCCCAUCCGGCAAAGCAACCCUCGCCUGGACUUGGUUCAACAAAAUCGGAAACCGUGAAAUGUACAUGAACUGUGCCCCCGUCACUCUCACCGGCUCCAGCAAACGCAGCGAGCUCGCCGAGAGAGAUCAAACCGCCUUCAACGCCCUUCCCGACAUGUUCGUCGCCAAUGUUGGAAACGGUUGCGGAACCGCCGAUUCCCUUGAUUUGGUCUUCCCUAACCCAGGUGAUUCCGUCGAGUUCGAUGGAGGUGCCACUUCAACUGCCACCUCGACACCAACCGGCUCUUGCGUCGCAGCAAGUGGUGGUGUCGCAUCGGCAACUGCAACGGGAGGUGCUUCUUCGGUCGUUACUUCUGCUGUCUCAGCUGGUACCCCCGCCGCUUCUUCUCUUCCCGGAGGAGUCUUCGUCACAGUUGCGACCUCGGCCACCUCAGCCGCUGGAAUCGUCCCAGCAGUUGCCACUACCGCCAUCAGUGUCCCCACAACCGCCACAUCCGCCUCAGUUCCCGCCAGCACUGGCAGCUCUGGCAGCUCUGGCAGCACAUCAAGCUCUACAUCAAGCUCUACAUCAAGCUCUGGCGCUCUUAGCGGCCCCUGCACUUCCCUAGGAAUGUUCAACUGCAUUAGCAGUUCUUCCUAUCAACAAUGUGCAAGCGGCGCUUGGAGCGUCGUUCAAGCCUUGGCGGCUGGUACCACGUGUACCAGUGGUCAGACGAUGAAUUUGAUCGUUGCAAAGAGAGGUGUAAAGGGAGUCACUCGUCAUGUGGCGAGAAGAGGAUUGGGACAGGAAAUGUUUGUUUAG